AUGAGUCAACAACCAACAGGAGCACAGCAACAGUAUGAUCCACAACAAUAUGCAGCAUACGCCGCUGCGUACCAACAACAGCAACAAUCUGCUCAACAAGGAGCCGCUGCACAAAAACCAGCUGCUGGCGCGCAACCACAGCAACAACCUGCUCAACAGCCACAAGCAGCUGCUCAACAACAAUACCCACAACAAUCUUAUCCAGGUUACCCACAGCAACAACAACCAGCUGCUCAACAACAACCAGGAUCACAAAAGCCAGCUGCAGGACAAACACCAGCGACUGGAGCACAGCAACAGUAUGAUCCACAACAAUAUGCAGCAUACGCCGCUGCGUACCAACAACAGCAACAAUCUGCUCAACAAGGAGCCGCUGCACAAAAACCAGCUGCUGGCGCGCAACCACAGCAACAACCUGCUCAACAACAAUACCCACAACAAUCUUAUCCAGGUUACCCACAGCAACAACAACCAGCUGCUCAACAACAACCAGGAGCUUCUACACAACAAGCAUAUCCAGGACAUCCACAACAACAAACUACACAACCACAACAACCGUACCCCCAACAAGCGUAUCCGGGUUACCCACAACAACCGGCACAACAACCACAACAAGGAGCUUCUGCACAACAGGCAUACCCAGGAUAUCCACAACAACAACCAGGAACUGCUGCUGGACAAUAUGGAGCGCAACAAGCGUACCCUGGAUAUCCGCAGCAGGCAGGAGCUUGUGCCCAGCAACCACAAGGUGCUGCACAAACGGCUAAAGCACAACAACCGGGUGCUGCAGCUCAACAAUACCCAGGUGCACAAGCGGGUGCUAAUCCAUAUGGCAUGCAACAGCCAGGGAUGAAUCAAUAUGGUGCUAUGGGUGGAAUGCCAGGUCAACAAAUGGGCGCCAUGGACCCCUAUGGUAUGCAACAGCCAGGGAUGAACCCAUACGGAGCAAUGGGCGGAAUGCCAGGGAUGAAUCCAUAUGGUAUGCAACAACCAGGAAUGAAUCCAUACGGCGGAGCUUAUGGAGGAAUGGGUGCUGGUAUGGGCGGAUACGGCGGAUUUUAA